AUGAGGCACAGCUCCUCAACUCCAGCUCUAGCUCCAACGUCCGUCUGCUCUUCUCGUACUACAUCUUUGCAGACAAAAUCCAAGAUCCUUUUCAAAAAUCACAUUCACAACCAGCUCGUGGUUGCUGACAACGUUGUCCCGUGCCCCUUUCUUUCUUGCGGGCCAAAUCUAACGAUCCACCCAUCUGAUUCGGAGUUCUUGGACAUGAGCGGUGAUAUCAAGCUGUUUUCAAGGCGAGUGCUAGCAAGGUGCAAGGCUCGUAUUACAGAUGACAAAGUUUCAGCGCAGAAUCCGAGAUCCCGUAAGCGGGUGUGA